AUGCCACACGCGCGGCCCGAACGGAUCGACGGUGCCGUUGGCCGGCCCCGGCCGCGGGCCCGACGCGCGACGUUUCUGUUCGUGGCUACGUUGCUGGCGCCGCUGGUGGCCGGCCCACCGGUGUCCCCGGAGUACCGGUUCCCGGCUGCGGCCGCGGCGCGCGCUCGCCGGUCGCCGUCGCCGCGGCGACCCGGGCCGGCGGAUACGGCGGCGGACCGCGGGGACCCCCCGGCCGGAGCGCUGGCGUACAUGCCCGCGUACGUGAUACCCGUCGGUGCGCCCGUGGACCCGUGCGCGACGUGCCGACCGCGCCGGACGACGAUGUGCCGGAAGAACGCGACGCCGUGCGACCGCGCCCCGCAGCCGUCUACGGUCCGCGCGGCGGAGAAAAGUCGCGCCGAAGCGGCGGACGGCCGACCGGACUGA